AUGCAUCACAUCUCUCUAUCUAUCUAUCUAUUUCAUUUAAUCAUUAUCUAUCUAUCUAUCUAUUUCAGUUUAAUCAUUAUCUAUCUAACUAUCUAUCUAUCUAUCUAUCUAUCUAUCUAUCUAUCUAUCUCAGUCUCUUCAUUAUCUAUCUAUCUAUCUAUCUAUCUCAAUAUGUUCAUUAUCUAUCUAUCUAUCUAUCUAUCUAUCUAUCUAUCUAUCUAUCUAUCUCUAUGCCUAUCUCAUAUCGAUAUAUUUCAUUACGUUCAAUAUCUAUCUAUCUAUCUAUCUAUCUAUCUAUCUAUCUAUCUAUCUAUCUAUCUCACUGUUCUAUCUAUCACGCUUUCUUUUCUUCCUUUUCUCUCUCUCCUUCUACCUGUAAUCUAUCUAUCUAUCUAUCUAUCUAUCUAUCUCUAUCUCAGUCUUUUCAUAAUCUCUUUAUCUAUCUCAGUAUUUUCAUCCUUCUAUCUAUCUAUCUAUCUAUCUAUCUAUCUAUCUAUCUCAGUCUUUUCAUAA